AUGGUUUUGUACUCCUCAAAAACUGAACCAUUCUUGUCAACAAGUUCCGACAUGGUUUGCGCAACCGAAUUUGUUCGUUAUCUUCACCUGAUCCAUUACAUUGGAUUUGUUGGAGCUCAAUCGUUGAAUGCUGUUCUUGUUUUCCUGAUCAUAACUAAAUCGGAAAACUUGCUGGGAAACUAUCGAUACGCAAUGUUUGUGUUCACAUUAUGUUCAAUGGUCUAUUCAAUGGUAGAGAUUUUGGUUCAACCUGUUGGUCAUAUGAAAGGCUCGAUGUUUGUCGUCUUCAUGCAUAGCAGUAUUUUAAAUGCUACAAAUCCUCUAGCAGAAUUUCUUACUUGUCUUCAUUGUGUCUUAUCUGGAUUUGUUGCUUCACUUCUGGCUUGUCAAUUCAUAUUCCGAUACUUGGCAGUUUGCAGAACACAUUUCCUCGUACACCUCCAAGGCAUAAACCUUUGUUUGUUAUUCAUUCCUUCAAUUUUCGUAUUCGCUGUGUGGCAUUUCGGUUUUUUCCAUGGAAUGCCUAACACAUUAGAAAAACAAAUAUUUCUUCGAGAAGAAUUACAAACUUGUUUCAAUGUAAAUACCACAGUAAAUCCAUUUGUUGGACCUAUGUACUGGACAAAAGGAGCUGAUGGACAAAUUCAUUGGAAUAUUUUUGAAUUAAUAUCUGCAUUGAGCUGCUUUGCUGUACUGAUUAUUUGUUUCUUUACGAUCGUCUUCUGUGCGUAUAGCAUAUUUAUGAAAAUGAGCAACUCAAUACAUCAUUUGAGCGCAAAAACUUUAGAUCUCAACAAGCAAUUAUUUAGAAUGCUCUGUAUUCAGACAGUUAUUCCAAUGAUCACAAUGUAUUUCCCUGUCGCUUUAUUUGUGACGCUUCCGAUGUUUGGGAAAGAUAUUCCUUAUUUGGGAAAUAUGACAAGUAGUAGUCUAGCCAUUUACCCAAUUAUCGAGCCAAUUAUUGCAAUGACUUGCGUUGCAAGUUUCAGAAAAGCUAUAAAAGGAUCAAUUCGUUGCUCAGUUAGUCGAUCAACUCAAUUUGCAAUUCACCCUGCUUCAUCACCUAGAUUGACCGAUCAAAAACAAUGA